AUGAAAGUCACUCAGCUUCUUUUUGCCGCCUAUAUGGCGUCAGGAGCUGUUGCGACCGAUGUGGCUCCCCAAGUUUCUGCGCCUGGCCGUGCUCCUCCUGAUAAUGGCAAAGACGCCAGCAAAACGCCGCCUGAAUUUGGCCCAAAGGCUGGGCCACCUGCUCCAGCCCCUGGGCUUGACAACGGCAGACCAACUCAGAACUUGAAUACUGAGGGUGGGAGGCCUAGUAAUGGUCGGGAACGUGGAAGCGACAUCCAAACUCAGGGCCGGAGCGGGGACACCAAGAGCCUUGAGAACUGGAGUCCUACUCAAAGCCGUGGCCACCAGAGCGAUGGCCCUACUCAGAGCUGGAAUCCAAAGACUGGUAGUCAAGAGACCAACAAGCCUACUCGAAGCUGGAGCCAGCAGAGCGAACCCACACAGACCUGGAGCCAUGAGAGCAACAAGCAUACCCACGACUGGCACAAGCACAGCGAAACCACACAAACCUGGAGUCAUGAGAGCAACAAGCCUACUCACGGCUGGCACCAUCAGAGCAAGGUGCCUUCAAGCUACAGGAAUGAGACUAGCACUAGGCAUUGGAGUAUCAAGUCCAACACAACCGCUCAACACACCAAAACCAGCGCCUCUAUUACCUGCAGUAAUGUGACCCGCAAAGUCGUAACGACAUUCUACCCCAAGCCGACGGUCCUUACAAACGGCAAACAGGUUACGAAUAUUACAAAGCCUACAACCGUGACGUACCUCUUGCCUUCCCAAUUCAACGAAUCUUGCAAAGAAGUGCCAGAGGGCUCAUCGGCCCAACCUGGGCAGCCAACCACUGGGGGCCCUCCGCCAGGAAGCAGUCAGUCUCUUGGGGUUGGUCAGCCCGGCGCGCCUGGAAGCAUUCCAUCAGGGGGCAGUCCUGUAGGUGGUGCUCCCGUGGGAGGUAGACCAAGUGGAAGCGGCCCUCCCGUAGGCAGCCCUCCCGGAGGUAGACCUGCCGGAGCUGGUCCGCCUGUAGGAGGUAGGCCUCCUGCAGGUGGUUCCCCCGUAGGCAGCCUUCCCGGAGGCGGUGCUCCCGUGGGAGGCAGUCCUCCCGAAGGCGGUCCUCCCGUAGGAAGCGGUCGUCCUGGAGGCAAUACGCCUGUUAAUAACCUGCCCGGCCCUGCUGGCAGCCCGCCAGGUAACAACUUGCCGGGGCCAGCCAACGCUCGGCCAGGACAAGGCGGUGGACAACCUCGGCCGGUGAGUAACCAACCUGCAACUGGCAAUAACCAGCAGAGCAACAAUGCCGGCGGCGGACAGUCUCGCCCGGCCAACGCACAGCCGCCUGUGAAUGAGCAAUCUGGAGGCAACGGCGGCCAGCAGGCCCGCCCUGCCAAUGCCCAACCCCCCUCCAGCAACAACAACAACAACAACAACGACAACAACAACAAUCAAGCCGGAGCCAAGAGCGAACAGUCCAGACCUGGGAGUUCUCAGCCCCCGGCCAACAACCAACAAGGGGGUGGCAACAAUGAGAAGAAGCCUCCAGGCGGUGAAAAUCCCACAAGCUCUCCGACUGUUGGUCCUGGCUCCAAGGCAAAGGCUAACAUGAAACCUGUCCUUGGCGCUUGUCUUGCCGCUGUUGUCCUCCUCUAA